ACAGUAAAGCGGAAGGUUUAUUGGACGGUAGGAACACAGUCUAAAACAGAGCUUGUGGGUACAACCAGGACCCCUCAGUCAAGUCCUUCUGGGGAGCAGGGAGCUUAGACCCCGGCUGUGGGGUUCCCUGCAUCCCACCUCCCAGCACCAAACUGAAACUAAACCCCCCCCAGCAGGCUCCCUCCUGCAGCCUUUGUCCAGUUCCCGGGCAGGGCAGAGGUGUUACCUCCCGGUCCCUGUCCUGGCUCAGGUUACAGGCUCUCAGGUCUCCCAUUCCCAGUGAAACUCCCCUGCCACAUUCCCAGGUCAACACUCCCCACUCCCUGCUGAGUCACAAUCGCCCUCUUCCCUUCUGCCCAGGAGUCCUCCCACCUGCCCACAUUUGACUGCAGCUUUCUGGGGGUGGUGCCACCAGCUCUGCCCUCGCUGCGCGACAUGGCAUGUGGGCAGACCAAGCUGUUACUGCCUGGUUCCUUCCCCAGUGCGGGGUGUCCAGCCAGUUGCGCUUGCGCUCUCUCUCUCUCUCUCUCUCUCUCUCUCUCUCCCCAGGUGGCAGAAGAUUCGCUCCGGACCCUGGUGCCCCCAGUGCCUGAUGCCUCCAACCCCAGAAGGAUCUUCCUGGAUGCGAACCUGCGGGAGGGCUACUGCCCCAUGGUGCCCCACACCAUGUACUGCCUGCCGCUCUGGCCUGGCAUCUCGCUGGUGCUCCUGACCAAGAGCCCCAGCACCCACGUCGUCUGCUCCCUGUACCAGCUGCUGGACGGGUUCCUGGUGCUGGAGAAUAAGCUGAGGGAGGGGCAGGAGGUGGGGCCACCCACCCGCUCCCACCCGCUCCUGGCUGAGCUGCGCCAGAGGAUGGACAAGUUCGUGAAGAAGCUGGGCAGGCAGGACACGCAGUUACACAACGCCUGGCUGGAGUUCAAGAGCAAAGCGUUCUCCAGACAUGAGUCCGGGAGCUCCAGGGAGCUCCUGCAGGCACUCGGGAGUGUGAGGCGGCAGCUCUGCUCAGUCUAUCGCCAGCUCUUCCUGACCUCGCCGUCCGCCCAGGGCCUGGCCCAGGGCCUGCGGGACUGGGCCCAGAAGCUGGUGCGGGAGAAGCUGCUGGACUGGAGGGACUUCCUGCUGGUGAAGAGCAAGCGGAACAUCACCAUGGUGUCAUACCUGGAGGACUUCCCAGGCCUGGUGCACUUCAUCUAUGUGGACCGCACCACUGGGCAGAUGGUGGCACCUUCCCUCAACAUGGCCGAGGACUCCACCUCGGAGCUGGGCAAGGGUGCCCUGGCUGCCUUCAUCAAGAAGAAGGUCUGGUUUCUGAUUGGGCUGGCGCGGCGCUACCUGCAGAAGGGCUACACAACACUCACGCUGCGAGACGGCGACUAUUACUGCUCCUACUUUCUCUGGUUCGAGAAUGAGCUGGGUUACAAACUGGAGGUGAUCGAGGUUCCUGUUCUCUCUGAUGACUCUGCUCCCGUCGGGAUGCUGGCAGGGGAUUACUACAGGAAGCUUCUGCGCUACUACAGCAAGAACCACCCGGCCGAGGGGGUGAAGUGUUACGAGCUGCUGACGCUGCACCUGGGUGUGAUCCCCGCCGAGCGCGUGAUCCAGCAGGCCUGCGACCUGGCCCAGCGGCUCUGGGAGCCAUCCCGCAUCCCUCUGCUCUGAGCCAUGCAGGCUGGCAGCGAGCGUCCUCACGGAGGCCUCGUUCCCGCCCUCAGAGUCGGACUCAACGGGCCCCUUGCAGCACCUAUCUCACUGGGCCCUGCAGCCCCUGAGCCCAGCUGGGAGACCAGCACCCACCAGCAUCUAGCCGUCAGCUCCCCAUCUGCUGAAACUUGGCCAGGGGGCUCCCCUGACUUGCCCCCGGAGCAGCCUGGCGGCAGGGGCCAUUGGAAGUGCAUGGCCAUGGUAGCGUGUCUCUGUCUGUACGUGCCACACUCCAGGCUGGUAUUAAAGCUGGUGCACUUGG